GGCAGACUAGACUAGGCUAGACCAAAUAAUAGACAAAAAUGAAGCUGGUAUUUUUAAUAGGCUGUGUUAUUUUAUCGAAUGUAAACGCCCAAUGUAUCCAGCCCUUAAAAUGCACACCACUACCAUGCCCCAUUUACCAUCCUGUGAAGUCUCCGCUAUAGCAUUACCAUCAUGUAACUGCCCUGCCCUCCCCAGCCUACCAGUGUCGCCAUCUAUCCUGCCCGCGAUCAACGCACCACCUUUCGGUGCACCGCUUUUACCUGGCAUAGCUUCCCUGCCGGCACCAUUUUUACCUGGCGUAGCACCUCUAGGGUUGACUAACCCGUUCCUGCCGCCGGCAUCGCCUAUAUCGGCGAUAGCGCCUACGGUCUCGUCGUUGUAUCCGCCUAUUAACCCUUGCUUUAACGGGUGCAAGUAUUUGAAGAAGAUACCUAUACCGCCACCGUGUUUGUAGUUUUUUUAAUAAAAUAUUUUUUUUAUAAGUAA